UAAUUUCAAAAUCAAAAGAUAUAAAAAGAGCACUGCUUCUUGCCUCUUGCCGCUGCUUCCUGCUCGUCUCCUCACCUUGUCAGUCGCCGGUCGCCUCUUCGGUCGUAGCUUCCCCGAUAUUGAUGAAUUUGGAGUUGGAGCUUGAAAGAGAUGGGAUGAGUGUUUGUUAUACAGUUGGGCCAUAAAGAGAAGUCAACUUUAACAAUAUGGACCUCAAACCGUUCAAAUUAGACAUUGAUGAGCUUAUAAAUGAGUUUGCCAAGGGUGGAUCUCCUAGUUUUGCAGAAAUGAAGAGAGUGUGGGUCUCUAAAAAGUUCUCCUAUAUUUUUGAGGCGAGUCCCUCUAAAGAUCAGGCAUGCUUUAUGCAAUCACUCUAUGCCUACUGUAGUGGUUACAUGGUAUCUACUUAUUCUCUUUUGAGUAGACUGGGUGGGCUUUAUUCCCUGUACUGCUUUUAUGAGACGCAGCCAUUCAAGCCUCCUUUCAAGAUUUAUAUAUCUCUAGGAGACCUGAAGAAUCUUCGGAACAUUGUCGCAGAGGCAAAGGCUAAAGGUGUUAAAGUAGUCCCUGCUUUAGUCAAACGUAUGUUAGACAGGAACAUGUUUCUUUUUGGGUCUGUGGAUGUGAAUGAAGGCUCUGUAGCUGAGAGAUUAGAUGAACUGACGGAAAUACAAAAUGCAAGUAUCCGUAUAGCAUCCAAAAAGUUAUUUGCAAAUACCCGGAUCGAGCACUUCACCCACAUGGAUAUGGGCAUGGAGCUUGAGGUGGAUUUGCUCAAGCAAAAGUCAGCAGAAUAUGCAAGGGCCAAGGAACUAGCUAUUAGAGCGGCUAGAGACAUGGUGGAUGUAGAAAAUAUAAAGCACAUAACAGAGAACCAGACAUUGAUAGGGGAUGUAGUUGAGAAGACUGCUGAGGAUUGGAAAGCUCAGAAGGAAUUAUUCUAUCAACAAACAGGCGUUCGUUAUCAGCCUGUCAAAGACUCGCUUGACAUUGUAAAGGAAGAUCAGGAAAAGUUCUCCCAACAAGAAGUGGCUGAAGAGCAGGAUGGCAAUGAAGACUUCAGUAAGGAACUAGAAGCAGUGCUAUUGUCGGAGCAAAACGAAUGUGAUUUUGAAGAAUAAGGAGAGAACUUGUAUAAAAAGCUUGUGUUUAGAAACUGGACAAUAUUUUUAGAAGGUUUGGCACUAAGUUAUAAGUACGCCUGUAAAUGAUUUUCGCAACUACAUGAAAGAGCUUGCAGCUUCUAGUAGACUGUCCUGUAUA